GCAAUGCCGAGCGCCAUGAAGGCAAGUACAGGUAGUAGCCAUGUCCCCAAAGAAAAGAAGGCUCAUAAAAGAAAAAAGCGUUCCAAGCGAUCUCGCGCCAUCUUCAGCUGUACGCAUGUUACAAUGGAACGGAUCUCCGCUGGCAGUCACGCCCAUUGCUCUUUGUGCGGCAGGGUACCUUCGAUCGGAUUUCUCUACGAGUGUCGCCAAGAUUGGGAUUUUGGUUCCCCAUAUCAGGGGAUUCAUCCAGAAAAAACAUUGGAAGAGGUUGGACCAAAAUCCAAGACUCGCCAGGAAUUAGAGCGGAUUGGCCUGAGCGAGAGCAUCAUCAUCGCCGCCGAAUGCGGACAGUACACUGAUGCACAGUUGAACCACCUGAAGAAACUCAAACUAAGCCUGAAUGAAAGCGUCUCCUCUAUCUCACAGGCUUAUGGGUCAACCGAUGCUGGUAAACAGAUGGCAACGACAGACGGUGCUGCUAGCACCACCUAUGCUCCGGACCCGAUUCAAUGCCACUUUCGAGCUUGUCACAACUGCCGCCCAUACUACAGUAUUCGCACCUAUACCUCCUUCGAUGCUGCAUUUGCCAACGAACUCAAGCCGAUCACUCCUUCUGAGAGCGCUAUCCUUCCUACCAAGUCUGCAAAGAUCUUAGGUGGCAUCACCAUCGAUUCAUCUUCGCCUCUACUGCCUCCUUUCAACCCUUCGCCAUCACUCCCGCCUACCGUCGUUCACGGUGGUUCCAAUACAGCAACUUCUCGACCAGCUUCCGAGAGCGGCAGCAUUCUCACCUUCAGAACCACUCAAACCGACAUCGAUAACAUUAAUUCCGCUCGCCAUAACCGCCGACGCUUCUAUAGCCUAGGGCAUUCAUCUUCGAAUUAUAUCGUACGCGACAUAUCGAAUUCGCCCUUGUUACAGGGCCUUAAGGCAGCUUUCCAAAAUGCCUUUCGUUCUUCCCGCGACUCCAGCUCUUCUGGUUCCAACAUCACACUACCUAUGCCGCGGACCGGAACAGCACGGCAGCUAGGAAAUGACUCGCCUGUAGGCGAGUUCGACAUGCGUGCUCUCCGUCGCGUGCAAAGUCAGGCAGAGGGACACGAAUCGCGGUACACGAUGGACAUGGCACCUUUCCAGGGUGGAGCCAGAGCGGGAUAUGGCCAUGAGCUGACACCUGCGUUCCGCGAUCGCGAUGGCGUUGAGCCGAACGAUGACGAUGACCUCACGAUGUAUUCGAAUGCGUCCAAAGGCGAUGCAAUCGAAGUUGACGGUGGUGUGGCAUUUACAGAGGAAGCGGUCGAGACACAAACUCCGGACGUUAUCAUUGAUACACUCCUACCUUCAUUUGCGUCCCCGCUUUUCGAAGAUCCAUCUGCUGGCCCAGAGAAUGAAGAAAUCGACUUCGAAAGUAUCAUGGCUCAGGCUUGA